AUGGGUCAAUUCAGUGAACUACCUGCUGAGCUUCAAUCGGUGGAUAUCAUUGUUGCGGGAGGUGGCACCGCCGGCUGCAUCGUAGCUUCAAGGCUGGCCGAUGCUGAUCCAAGUCUUUCAAUAUUGGUUAUCGAAGCAGGACCAAAUGGCGCUGGUAAUCCGGCGGUCGACUACCCUGCAUUCUUUCUCAGUAAUGUUGGGCCAGGCACUACAACAGCUGCCUUCUACAAAGGCAACAAAUCCAAACAUACAGGCAAUCGUGAUAUUAUUGUGCCCACCGGCUCCGUUCUCGGCGGCGGCUCUGCAGUCAACAUGAUGAUGUACAGUCGGGCCCAGCGAUCCGAUUGGGAUUCGUGGCAAACCGCUGGCUGGUCUGCUAAUGAGAUCUUACCGUUCUUGAAAAAGUUAGAAACAUAUCAUGGACCUGGCCUACUAGAUACUCAUGGGUCCGAUGGUCCAAUCCAAGUGUCUACUGGCACCUUCUGUGGUAGAAAAUCCCAAGAUGACUUCGUUUCCGCCAUGAACAAAAUUGGUUGGCCAGAGAUCGAAGAUUUAGGGAGUCUGGAUGCAUGCAACGGCGUCCAGCGUGCGGUCAGGUUCAUCUCACCUGAUGGGAAGCGCCAGGACACGGCCAGCCGAUAUCUGCGACCCCGUCUUCAGGAUGGUCUACAUCCCAAUCUCCACGUAAUCAUCAAAUCUCAAGUCGUCCGAGUUUUGAUCGAGGACGGGAAAGCCACCGGCGUCGUUUACAAACCAGAAAGUGCCCCAGAGCGGACAGUCAAGGCCAGAAAGACCGUUGUCCUGUCUUGUGGAGCUUUUGGAACACCAACUGUCCUCGAGAGAUCCGGCGUAGGCGAUCCUGAUGUCUUAGGUCGUGCUGGCAUUCCAAUCGUUGCCGAUAUCCCGGGCGUUGGCCAUGAAUACGAGGAUCACCAUCUUAUUGUGUAUCCUUACAAAUCCAGCCUUGCUCCCGAAGAAACUAUGGAUGGGAUAUUGACAGGGGCUCUGAAUGCAGAAGAGUUAGUCAAAACCAAUGACAGGAUCUUGGGCUGGAACGCGCAGGACGUUACUUGCAAACUCCGACCCACAGAUGAAGACGUCGCCUCUCUAGGUCCCGUAUUUCAGGAAGUCUGGAACAAGGAAUUCAGAGAUAAUCCGAACAGACCCCUUAUGAUGAUGUCGCUGGUUAACUGCUUCCCAGGUGAUCCUACUGGGAUUCCACCAGGACAGUAUUUCGGUAUCUCAAGCUUCACUGUUUACCCAUUCGCAAGAGGUCAUGUCCAUAUUACAGGACCAAAGUUGACUGACCCACUCGAUUUUGAAACUGGCUUUUUCUCUGACGAGAAGUGUAUCGACCUUCUGAAACACAGAUGGGCAUAUAAAAAGCAGCGUGAAGUAGCACGCCGUAUGGACGUGUUCCGUGGAGAAUUGGUUAGCCAUCAUCCGCCUUUCCCAGAGUGGUCUAAAGCAGCAUGUGUGUCAACGAACACACCCCUCGAUAACGUGCAGGAUAUCGAGUACUCGGCCGAGGACGAUGCCAUUAUUGAUAACUGGGCCCGUGAGAAUGUUGGAUCUGCUUGGCACUCCCUAGGAACUUGCAAACUAGGUCCUGUCGACCAAUACGGGGUUGUAGAUCAGAAUCUAAGUGUUCAUGGUGUCAAGAACCUGAAGCUUGCUGAUCUGAGUAUCGUGCCAAAGACUGUUGCUGCAAAUACUAACAACACAGCUUUGGUUAUUGGUGAGAAGGCGGCUGACAUCAUCAUCAAGGAGCUUGGUUUAGGGAAGUCAUAGAAUACGAAGGUAGACUGCAUUAUAC